AUGGUGGAAGUGUUCAAGAAAGUUGAGGUAACCAUCCCCCUCUUUGAUGCUAUCCAUCAAGUUCCUAGAUAUGCUAAAUUCCUCAAAGACUUAUGCAUACAUAAGGAUAGAAUUCUUGAAUUGGAAACCAUUCCAUUGGGGAGCUCUAUUUCCGCUUUAAUGGGAACACUACCCGAGAAGUGUGAUGAUCCGGGUCCUUGUAUGGUUACUUGCACAAUCAAUGGAGUUCACUUUAAAGAUUGCAUGUGUGACCUUGGAGCAUGUGUUAGCAUCAUGCCACUAUCCGUUUACCGGUUAUUGAACUUGCCACAACUAAAAAGGUCAACGGCAAGAUUUGUCUUAGCGGAUAAAAGCAUAAUAACCGUAGCGGGUGUUGCAGAAGAUGUAUUGGUGAACAUAAAAGGGUUGAUAUUCCCCAUUGACUUCUAUGUCCUUGAAAUGCCAUCAAGCGAAACCGAGAGAGCAUCGUCUAUCCUACUUGGAAGACCAUUCUUGAGAACUUCUAGAUUUAAACUUGAUGCUUACUCGGGGAAUUACUCAUUUAAAAUAGAUGGGAGAAUUGUAAGCUUUAGCCUAGAGGAAGCAAUGAGGCAUCCACCGGAGAACCACUCUUUGUUUCAGUGUGACCCAAUCGAUAACAUAGUGGCCGAAGUACAUCUAGCAAAGUUAGAUGAGAAGUGUAUGGUUGAAGAAGCAAAUGAAAAGUCAAGCGAACUAAACACCACACAAACUCAAACUUCCAAGAAAAACAAAAAGUUGGAAUUAAAGCCACUACCACCUCACUUAAGGUACUCAUACCUUGAUGAAGCCCAAGAGCUACCCGUGAUAAUUGCCCAAGAGCUAACCCCUCAACAAGAAGAAAAAUUGCUAAACGCAAUCCCCACCCGAACGGAUGAUGCUAAUGUGGUGUAUUCUUUUGUGAGGAAUAAUAUCAUUUGCCGUUUUGGUGCCCCAAGAGCAAUCAUAAGUGACCAAGGAUCACACUUUUGCAACAAAAAAAUAGACGGCCUCAUGAGAAAAUAUGGCAUCAUCCACAAAGUCGCCACGGCCUACCACCCUCAAACAAACGGCCAAGCCGAAGUCUCAAACCGAGAAAUCAAGCAUGUUUUGGAAAGGGUUGUGAAGCCGAAUAGGAAAGAUUGGAGUACUAAACUCUCCGAUGCACUUUGGGCUUAUUGA